AUGGAGACGGAGUCCCGGGCGCAGACAACAAAUCAAACACAGACAGAUUCAUUAUCUCCAUCCCCCAAUCCUGUAUCACCUGUGCCUUUGAAUAAUCAAACAAGUGCCCCGAGAUACGGAACCGUGAUCCCUAACCGCAUCUUCGUAGGAGGAAUUGACUUUAAGACAAAUGAAAAUGAUUUAAGAAAAUUUUUUUCCCAGUAUGGGUCUGUAAAAGAAGUGAAGAUUGUUAAUGACAGAGCCGGAGUAUCCAAAGGGUAUGGUUUCAUCACUUUUGAGACUCAAGAAGAUGCACAAAAAAUCUUACAAGAGGCUGAAAAACUUAAUUACAAAGAUAAGAAACUGAACAUUGGUCCAGCAAUAAGAAAACAACAAAUAGGGAUUCCUCGUUCCAGUAUAAUGCCUGCUGCUGGAACAAUGUAUCUGACCACGUCGACUGGAUACCCUUACACUUACCACAACGGCGUGGCUUACUUCCAUACUCCAGAGGCUGCUUCUGUCCCGCCGUCUUGGCCUUCACGGUCCAUAUCUAGUUCUCCCGUGAUGGUAGCACAGCCGGUUUAUCAGCAACCUGCAUAUCACUACCAGGCCCCGGCACAGUGUUUACCAGGGCAGUGGCAGUGGGGGGUUCCCCAGUCCCCUGCCUCUUCUGCUCCAUUCUUAUAUCUGCAGCCGUCGGAGGUUAUUUAUCAGCCAGUAGAAAUCGCACAAGAUGGUGGCUGUGUUCCUCCUCCACUGUCUCUGAUGGAAGCUUCCGUCCCAGAGCCGUACUCUGACCAUGGAGUCCAAGCAGCAUACCACCAGGUCUAUGCUUCCAGCGCCAUUAUGCCUGCACCUGUGAUGCAGCCUGAGCCAAUUAAAGAACCAAGGUUACAUUCUGUGAGAAGAAGCUUUUCCCAUCCUUCAUCUGUGGCUUUGAAACCUCGAUACUCUCGAAGCCCACACUUUGAUCCUAGAAAAGAUUUCAGAGCAGAGGACUCAGUUUCCAGGCCACCUUCCUGUACUGACUUUGUUAAGUAG